GAGUGUAAUUAAGAAAUAUAUUGUUAUAUCAGUUUUGGCUAUAUCGUCCAUCCCUGAGUACAGUAAAUAGUAUUCAACACAAAGGCCUCAUAAAGGAUGUGCACUGUGAAAAAAAAGGUGUUUGUUUAAGCUGCUAUACUCAGCUGAUGCGUCACACACCCCGCCACAGCGUGCUCACCCCACGCCAACCCCUGCAUGUCUGCUGUCUGCCUGUGGAAUGCUGUGUGGUCCUGGUAUUUUUAGACCGGCCUGGUUGAAAUAGUGAGGCAGGGGCCUUUGCUCAACAUAAACACUGGGGGCUGUGACUCAGUGUGGCAUGUGAAGAGUGAGGGUCACUGAGAAACAGACACCGACCGGACUUAGCCCGCGGGCCCAAACUAAAGCGGAUCUUGGCCUUGACUUACUGUUGUCUCUCAGCACUUGCUACACAUCUCCAUGGUCGAAGCCUUUGAGAUGGCCUCGGAGGACCAUGGGUCAGGGUUAAGCUGGGAGAUGGUUGACUCUGGUCCAGAGGGCAGGUCUGGAGCAGAAGCUCAGUUCACAGUCUCCUGGAUGAGCUUCAAGCUGUUCCUCGCUGAGACAUCAUCGUUUAAACAGCAGAAUCCCGGCAAGUUCUGUCUGCUGGUCUGCAGCUUAUGUUCUUUCCUGGCAGUGCUGGGGCGAUACAUUCCUGGAAUUGUUAUUUCAUACAUUAUAGUGCUAGGCAUUUUCCUGUGGCCUCUUGUGUCAUCACAUGAGUUUGGGAUGUGGUUGGACCCAGUUCUGCAGAAACUGGAUUUUGGAGUGGCAGACUUCCUUCAGAAAAUCAAGGAGAACCACGAGAAGAGAUUGCUCCAGGCCCAGGCUGAGAAGGAAAGCAUUGAAGCUGAUCUGUCUUCACUGUUCCCCAAGCUGGACUCCACAGUAUGCAGAGAGAUGUCUGUAUCAGAUACUGAAGUCUCUGAAGUAACAUGGACCGAUAACGGCACCUUUAACUUGUCAGAGGGACACACGCCUCAGACGGAAAACUCAGAGGAUUUAGACCGGCGUAGUGAGGAGGAGGCUUUCUCCGGUGGCCUUCCUGACUUCCCCUCUCUGGAUAAUGGUUUGGGCACUAAUGGCGAGGAUGAUGAUGACCUGAGUAUAGGAGUGCCCACACCCCUGCUCCAGCCCAGCCAUCCCAGAGAAGCACAGGUGGAAGGGGAGGCAGCGGUGCAGGCUCUGGGACUGGUGCAGAGGAUGGCUGGGGAUGUGAUCACAGCUGCAGUCGCUGCUGCCAUGCAGGAGCGUCUGGAGGCAGUGGCAGCACCUGUGCUGGCCCAGGCUUUGGCCGAGGACACGGACAGCGAGGCAGAGGACUUUGAGCUGCUGGACCAGUCAGAACUGGAGCAGCUAGAAGGGGAGCUGGGCCUGGAGAAGGCCAGCGGUGAGGCCCAGCCCAGAGAAGCCAAACAACCAGGCUUUUUUUCCAAACUGCUGGGAAACCGCUGAUGCGAUUCUUCCAGAGGACGCAUGGUCCUCCCUGUGAUUUGGUGGGAGUAUGGGACGGACACGGUCUGAAGAACUGGGAAAGGUCCAGACUAAAGAUGGUAUUCCAUUGUAUUUUUUUUUUAUUAUGGUACAACUGAUUAAUUUUGCAUUAAUCUUCAAAUCAAUUGAGGAGGGAGGCAUCUUGUGCAAUGGUGAGCAAAGGUGGAAACGGUGAUGCAUUCUGCAUGACUUUAUCCUGGUAUUUAGUGUGAUAAUUUAAAUGAUUUUGGACAAAAAUCCCUAUUACAUGUCCUCCUCGUACCCAAAUGCAGUAUAUCAGACUUGAAGAUACUGUAUCUGAAGUUUAUUUAUUUUUUUUUCAAAUGAAGCUACACGUCUAAAAGAGCUGACGAAUAAUAGAAGCUAAUGCACAUUAACUAGCAUUGUUGAAUUAACGAGCUGUGUUAAGUUGUUAUUAGAGAUGGAAUUAUAAAUCGUUCCAGAUAUGCAAACAGAUGAUAUUUCUAGCCAAUACUAAGAUCUUGUCCAAUCGUAUGAUUAGUAUGGAUGUUGCUGCUCUAAUUGCAGCAUGAAAGAGUGUUGAAUCUUUGUGCAAAGCCAAAGUGCAAAGUACAGCCAUAAACACCACUAACUGGAUAACCCUCUCAAGAGUGUAUCUCUCAACUCAGAACCUUUUUAAUGUGACUGAUUCCAAAAUGUAAAAUACAUUAAAUCCUGAAACUUAAUGCAGGACAUAACAGAAAUUCCACACUCGACUGAUAUUGGCGAUUUGCAUUCAGCAAUUGGCUGAUUAUUCUUAAAGAUGAUCAGAAAUUAAUAUUGUCGUUAAAAAUUCUAAUCUGUCCAUUUCUAGUUAUUGCCAUAGAUUUUUUUAUAUGCUCCUGAAGAGCAAAACAUUAAGGCCAAGUUGGCUCAGACCAGUCCUUACACAGCAAGUUUGAUAUACUGCACUUUUUUAAAUUAAUUUUUAGUAGCCAAACACAUCGUCAUAUAAAUGAAAUCUGAGAAAAAGUUUAUUGUUUAUUCUAUCAAAACAGCGGGAUCUGAAGUCAGAGUACAACACUGCAAUCUUAUGGUCGGGGCUUAAACACAACACAAAAUGAACUACCCUCUGCCACCAAUUUUUACAUAUAAAAUUAAUAUAUGUAAAUAAAAAGUAAUAAUACAUUAUUGCAAAACUUAAUAUCACAAUACUUUGAUUUAUAAAUUGAAAUUUUCUUACAUCCCUUAUUAGGCAAGUGUACGAUUGUGUGGAUAGCUUACAUUAAUUGUUGGCUACAUUAGCCUCUAGCAUCAGUUCAAAACAAAAGAAGCAAACUUUAGAGACCUUAAAACAUCUUGGCUGGUAGACUACUUUUGGGUUCAGGGUAUAAUCUGUGUAUAUUACAUUUAUUUCCCCAUAUUACCACAUAAACUUGAUUAACCAAGCUUGUGAUCACCAAAGGGGUGCGGACCAUAACAGUAGUUUAGCUGUUAGAGAGCUGAGAGAUGUUCAGAGUGCAGUUGUUUAUUCGUCUUGCUGCCAAACUUAUGCUGCAUUCCAUUUCAACUCGGAGGUCUCAAUUUUCUGGUUCAAAGUCGGAUAUUUUAACUGGAAUGCUCCUACAGGUUGGAUUUUCUACUUGGAAGGUAGGGAGAGUUUUGCCAACAACGAGCUCAGAAUCAUAGAUGGCAGCCCUGAUCAUUAAAAGUAUUUUUUUCACAUCUAUUUAUUUGUGUUAUUAAAUCAGUCUCAGACACAGUCCAACCUUAAUCCGUGGACAUGUUUUAAUUAUGUUUGGAUUGGCAAAAUACCAUAUAUCAAUAUUUUUUACACUAUAAGGCGCACUGGAUUAUAAGGCACAUUUUAAGAGACACUAUAAGGCACAUCUAAUUCAGCAGGUCUCACCGCUGGGUGGUGGGGGUAUCUCAAUAAGUUAAGUAAAGCUAAGUUAAUUAAACAAAACUUUAAUAAAAAAAACUUUCUUUUAAAGUUAGAAGAGCACUGGAUGUUAAUCUACACAGAUUUCUCUCCUGAAAACUGUUUAUUUGGGUGAGUAAAGCGCUUCUGUUUAUUUACAAUAAUCUUAGAUUCCCAAAUUUCUCCAGCACUAAGGCUAAGGCUAACAGCUAGCGCCCGACAGUGCUACACUGAGGGACCCUGAGUGUUCCGGUAAGCCAGGGCGAUAUUAGCUAGCGGUUUGUCCCACAUAGCUUAUUUUACCACAGUAAGCAUGCAGACUACAGUCCGAUAUACUCUUCUCUAAACUCUAACGAAAGAGCUAGCACGGUUAUCGACUAAUGCUGCUUUAGCAGUGCUAACUGGGGUUAGCAUCAGGCUACAGUCCAAUAAUACUCACCUCUAAGUGUCAGCACUUAGCGUGGGUUAGGGGGUUAUGCUAAUGCUGCUUCUGUAGUGCCAGCUGGGGUUAGCAGCAGGAUACAGGCUGAUAAUUCUCACCUCAGAAGGGGAAAGUAGCGGUUAGCAGCUAAUGCUAAUGCUUCUCCAGUCUCUGUGUUGGAGAACUAAACUGAAACUUCUGUAUAACUCUGUACAUUCAGCAGAGUGGCUUUACUACUCCUUACAACCUGACUGGUAAAACUCAUACAUAAAGAGCACUGGAUUAUAAGGCGCACUGAUGAUUUUUGGGAAAUUGAAAGGAUUUUAAGUGCACCUUAUAGUGUGAAAAAUAUGGUAAUCUGUUGUUAUCAAUAUGUAACACUAGCAAUGCUAACCGGAGACAAUGCUAACAAUAAUAGCUAGCUGAUAUCUGAAUACUGAACUGGAACACUCGAGUAAACUCAAAUGUAACGUCAUUCCCAGCUCCGAUUUUCGACUUUCAAGAUAAAUGGAACGCAGCAUUAGUCCUUGUUACUAAGAAAGAGAAAAGUGCAGAUGAUUUAUUUCCUGUCUGCCCUUUCUUUACUCAUCUUCUCCAAAGCUAAACGGCCAAAGACAUGAGGCCUCUAUCAAAGUGACAAUCAGUAAGGUUUCCACCUGGCUAAAUACAUCAUAACUCAUUUUUUUUAUGCAAAUAUCAAAACAAUAGAGAAGUAUCCACUUUUUAUUAUACAUAUUUUGUUUUCUAAUAUUUUUCUAUUUUUCCAUAACGCAUUUUAUUGAAGGAUGUAUCUAAAUGCAAGGCUUUGCAUGUGUAGUCUUGUUUUUAGACAGUUUUAUUUGUGUUUGCACCUUAUGAUUUGGAGUGAUACAACUAGGCACUGUAACACAUUGACACUUGCGCUGAGCUAAAUCGAGUAUAACUUGUUCAUUUUUCAAAAAAUCUUAUCUGAAAAUUUUUCGACCAGAAGAGUCAUCAGUAAACAAUAAAAAUUGUGAUUUGUUGGUCACAUAUUGACCCAGUGUUAACUUCAAAUAAAGCAGCAGUUCUGUUAGAUGGAUCUAUUUAGAGAGAAAAGUCAUAAUUAAAAAUAUAUAAUAUCCAUUUAGAAUGACCUUUCUUCACAUCUUCAGCACAGAUGGUCUUACAGGUCUAAAAUCAAGCCUGUUUUAAUUCUGUGAGGUGCUUGUGAGAUGUCUGUCUGGAAAGAGUGUUUCUACUGAUGUAUUCUGACUUGUAUUAUGAACUAUUUAAGCAGCUUACUGUACCUUCUUCAAGUAACACAAUGGUUUAAUAUGGGCUUUUCUAAUUUGAUCAUUUCCUCCACUCGUUAUUAAUGUUAACCAAAAAAAAUAAAAAUAAAAUCAUGUUGGUGUGAUGCCUCACAGAUUUGAAUGUAAUAUUUAUCCCUUUGUUUUCUCUUCUGGUAGAUCGAAACCACAUACAUACAACUGCCUUAUAUGCCUGUGCGAAUUGUGUGUCAGAACUGAAGAACAUAAAAUCGAUAGAUACAUGUAAAUAAUCUCAAGAAUGUGAUUAAAAAAUGAUGAUUCAAAACCA